UCCGCAGGCGAUCGCCUCACGUGAGAGCUGAAAAGGGAAGAACCGGGACGGCACGGGGCACUGAAGGGGCUUUUCCACCAUGAGGACGCGAUACCUGCUCCCCGCUCUGCUGAGCCUCUCGCUGGCGCUGCUGGGGCCUGGCGAUGGAGCCAUUGUGUUGUCAGUCCCUGAAGUAGUUUCUCUAGAAAGUGGAAGCUCAACAAACGUCACUAUCUCUCUGAGGGCUCCACUAAACGAGACACUGGUGAUAACUCUUAAUAUUACACACUCCUCAAAGCACAGCACCAUUGUUGAACUUCCCGAUGAGGUACAGUUCCCUGCAGGUCACACAAAAGCAGAGUUCCAAGUGAAAGCAGAUGAUGUGGGACAAGUAACAGUUUACCUUUAUCCCAAUAAUUCAAAUUUAACUGGGCCUAGGAUUCAAUUUCAAGUGAUUCACAGCAUCAUAGUGAGAUAUGCUGAUGAGGUGAUUGGCUGGAUCUAUUUUGUUGCCUGGUCCAUCUCCUUUUAUCCUCAACUCUUUGAGAACUGGCGAAGGAAAAGUGUUGUUGGAUUAAGCUUUGACUUCAUAGCACUAAACCUUACUGGCUUUAUAGCAUACAGUGUGUUUAAUGUUGGGCUCUUCUGGAUUCCCCUGAUUAAGGAGGAGUUCCUGGUCAGUUAUCCCAGCGGGGUGAACCCUGUGGCCAUCAAUGAUGUGUUCUUCAGUCUCCACGCAGUGGCCCUGACCCUCCUCACCAUCGUUCAGUGCUGCAUCUACGAGAGAGCAGGUCAGAAAGUAUCCAAAGUUGUUGUUGGACUCCUGGCACUUGCAUGGAUCUUCACCUUCACCACGCUGUUCCUGGCUGCAGCUGAGGUGAUGACAUGGCUGCAGUUCUUGUUCUGCUUCUCCUACAUUAAGUUAGCAGUCACACUGAUCAAAUACUUCCCACAGGCCUACAUGAACUUCCGUCGGAAGAGCACUGAGGGAUGGAGUAUUGGAAAUGUGUUACUGGACUUCACUGGGGGAAGCUUCAGCCUUCUCCAGAUGUUUCUGCAGUCAUACAACAAUGAUGAGUGGAGGUUAAUCUUUGGAGAUCCAACCAAGUUUGGCCUGGGUGUCUUCUCCAUCAUCUUUGACAUUGUUUUCAUGGCCCAGCACUACUGCCUGUACAGGAGCCGAGGGUAUGAACCUUGUGAAUAACAAACAUCCCUUGUGGAGACUCAAACUUUACACUGAACUUGGCCCUGCCCUCUCUGAGGGCUUUCAAGAUUCUUGCUGCCAGUUACCAGAAAUGCUGAUUCUGAUGUCUAUGACCUGAUCCUCUCUGGGCUGCAACACAAACACAAACUGUUGCCUUGCCAAGCACUGGCUGCCAGGUGCCUUAAGGACAGCAAGCCCUCAGCUGCACACAGGGAACUCGUGCCUGUUAGAGCUGCACACACAGCUCAGAGGGAGCUGUCCAAGCAACACAUGGCUCUUUUUUCACCAACCACAGGGAAGAGAAAGACCAAAGUGAUGUCUUUCUGAUUGGAGGUGAAGCACAAAGAGCAGAGUUCUGUCUUCCAAAAAUCUGAGAUGAUGUUUAAGCAACCACUUCAUAUCUUUAAGUAAUGACUGAAGACUGUCUGUGGAUCCAAGUGCUGCUGCUGACCUUUCCCAGACAGCUCACACUCCACCACCACUCAGGCUGGCCACAGUGGUACAUCACAAUAAUGGAGUUGGUAACAAAUGCACAAAUAUUACAGUUUCAACUCUUUAUUAAAAAAAUUCUAAAAACCAGAA